AUGCUCGUGCUGGCUUUGCUCAUCUUCAGGUGUUGCUAUUACAAACGCUACGACUUGGACAGGGCGAACCAGAUCGACGAAGAGCUCGCAGAAAUCCGGAGCGGUCGAGGUGGCUAUCUUCCCUGGGAAAUACAGAGAUCGCGGAUAGAUGGCGGCGAUUGGAACAUGAUCAAUCGGUACUAUCGCCGUCACCCGGAGCUCCUAGUAGAUGAAGAUUAA